AUGAAUAGGGACGAGCUUUGGAAGUCGGGAAAGGAUGAGACGGUGGAGGUUAACCAGCGAGCGUUGAUCGACAAGAUCCUUGCAAGAUACUCUGGAGAGAAUACCAUCUUCAGGGAGCUUCUUCAGAACGCAGACGAUGCAGGCGCGCAACACGUUCAGGUCAAGUUCUACUCGAAAGCUGGACUAGAGAGACAUGACAGAGGAGAGGGACCAUCAUCACUACCGGACGUCAAGAAGGAUCCGAUACAUCGCUAUGUGGUGACCAACGAUGGCAUGCCUUUUAGGUCUGAAGACUGGGCUCGACUGAAAAAGAUCGCUGAGGGCAAUCCAGACGAGUCCAAGAUCGGUGCCUUCGGUGUCGGCUUUUACAGUCUCUGGAGCGUCUGUGACGACCCCUUCGUUGAGAGCGCCAACAAAUGGAUGGGCUUCUACUGGAAAGACGGCAAAGAUCAGCUUAUGGCUCGGUCCGGCGAUCUCCCGCCCUCGUCGACCCCUACACCCUCAACUCCAUCCACGCUGUCUGGAAACCCCCUGACAUCAUUCACGAUGAACCUGCGCGACCCGUCGGUACUCGAAGGACCCCUCGAUCUCGCCCGAUUCCUCAUCACCUCGUUAACGUUCAUGCGGACAAUACGAAAGGUGGAUAUGCUGGUGGACGACGUGUCGGUGUUGGAGGUGGAGAAGAGUGUGAAAGGGAAGGAGAAGGUCGGGAAGAAGGGAAUGAGGGAGACGAGUGCUGGGGGCAUGAUGCGAGUGAAGGGGGUGGAGGAGACGGGGAUGCGGAUUAGUGUGAAGGUGAUGAGGUGGUUGAGUGAUUCCGGUUUCACUCCAUCCGCACUGCCUGUAGCGAUACAGAACCUCGCCAAGCCGACCAAAGCGUUCGCAUCGUUCCUCACUUCAUCCUUCUUCGGGCGAAAUACACCACCUCCGGCCGCCCCAACUCCUCCACCACCGCCGGUAGAACCGGAAGAUCCCAUGGAGGUCACCGCACUCCAUCGCGAAAUCCAGGUUUACCAAGCGGAAAUUGGAGUAACCGUCUCUUCCGAAUUUGCCAAGGAGCUCGAGCGGGCGACCAAGAAGGCACCCCCGAAAGUCAUGCCGGCCAGUCUGAUCUACGCUCGGGCGGAGGACGAGCAGGCCAUUGUGGAUGAAGGGAGCGAGAAGGUCGGCAAGGAUGUUGGCGGGGUCUUUGCUGGUCUUUGUCCCCCGCUAGACGGCGAAAAGUCAGCCAAGGUCUUUAUCGGCCAAGCGACCAGUCAGACAACCGGUAUCGGCGGCCAUCUUGCCGCGCGCUUCAUCCCCACCGUGGAGCGCGAGUCGAUCGAUCUUGUCGACAAGCACGUUUCCCACUGGAACAAGGAGCUCCUCUGGGUCGGCGGAUAUCUCUCGCGCCUUAUCUACGAGCUGGAAUCGGCCAAGCUGCAGACCGAGUGGAAGGCGACCAGUGUGGCGGACACUGCAGGCCGUGCUCGGCUCACCGCUCGGGCUCUGCAUGCGCUCCGCUUCUUCACCUUCAAUCCGACCACGCCGAGCGCUACGGUCGGACAGGAGAUGGAAAUGGCGUUUUUCCAGUGCACGGUAGAUAACAAGGGGUUCCCGCUUAUCGCCAAGACGGGAAUCCUGCCUAUCGAUCAGGUGAGGCUGCCGAAGUCCGAGCUGGAGGCGUUCCUUCCGGAUCUCCCGACUGUAUCGUCGGAAACGCUUCAAUCAGCCUCGCGGUCCAUCGCUCGUCUCCGAGAAAGGGGCCUUCUUCGCGAUGUCACGUUCGACGAUGUGGUCAAGCAGUUGGCGGCACGGCCGCUUAGCGAGAUGGAAAUGAUUGCGGCGCUCAAGUGGUGGCAGGGGAUAGCGGACGAGCAUGGAUAUACCCAGCAAGUCCGCGCCCGGCUCAUUGACGCCGCGGUACUCAUCAUGGACUCUGGCAAGGUCGUUCCUUUAUCGAUGGUACAGACAUUCGUCCGCCCUCAAUCUUCCUCCAUCCCUACCGAUAUGCCCCUCCCGCCCCAUACCCUCCCUUACACGGUCACCAAAGAUCUCAAAGGCGGAUCCAUCUAUCCUACAUUCGGCUGGACCGAGCUCUCCCUCUUACAGUACAUCACCUUCCUCGUCAAUCCGCCCAUGUCGACCGGGACGGGCGUCGAUCCGGAGACGGAUCUUCGGUCUUCGCCUGCUUUCGCCGAGAAGGUGCUCACGACCCUAGGGAGGGCGUGGCAGUCCAUUACGGCGAAUCAGCAGACGGCGAUCGCGCUGGAGUUGAAGGACGUGGCGUGUAUACCGACGAGAGCCGGGUUCAAGAAGCCGGGGGAGGCGUACUUUGAGAAGAAUCUGCUGUUUGAUGAUCUGCCUACUAUUGCGCUGAGCAAGACGGGGCAGAUCAAGGGCGGGUUGGAGAAGGCGUUGUUGGCGCUGGGGGUGAGGCGGACGGUGGAUUUACAAUUGGUCUUUUCGAGACUGGUCGGCGGCGGAACAUGGACAUGUCAGGACCUCAUGAAAUACCUCGUUUCGGUCAAAGACACGCUCUCGUCUGACGAGCUCGCCAAGCUCCGAGCGACAGCUGCGUUCCCGCUCGAGCUCCCUCCGGACGCAGAUGGCGUCAAGCCGGCUGUUGUGCGAAAGAAGCCGAAUCAGCUGUAUGAGCCGACUUUGGCGAUGCGGGAGCUCGGACUGCCAUUGCUGGAUUGGGGAGAGGGAAAGUGGAAGUCCAACUCGGAUGAGGCGAAGAUGCUGGCCGGACUGGGUCUGCGCCGAUUCCCACCCGUUGAUGUUCUAUUGGGUAUUGCGGCCGGCGCGGCGCCGACGAAUGCAAAGGCUCUCAAUUACCUCUUGGCGAAUAUCUCGACGCAUUAUAUCAACUUUGACCCGACCGCUUUCUCUCAGGUUGCCUUUAUACCUGCUACGAGGGACGGGCGGACGUUCUUGGCUAAGCCGGGCGAGGUGUUCGCCAAUUGGGACUGUGCGAUUCUGGUUUUUGCAGUGGCCGACCCAUCCAUUGCUACGCCGGAGAAUCUGCAGAAGCUCCGAAUAUCCACAGAUCCGCCGAUGGAGGCUCUUGUGGCGGCACUGGUAGGUAAUCUGACUACGGACACGGACAAAGCGAGGAAGAUAUUCGAGUAUCUCGCUGGCCGGAUCGGUAGUUCAAGCCUCAACGCCCUUGAACGACUGGCCAACACUCCUUUCAUCCCCGUCAAGACUGAAAAGGAUGUCAAGGUGUACCGACCUACCGAAGUCUACUUUUCAGGCCGGGGUGCCGAGAACCCGCUGUAUCGCUCAGCAUUUACAUUCGUCGACUUUGGGGAGAAGGCGAAUGUGUUCUUGAGGUACUGCGGGGUCAGGUCGGAGCCUUCUGUGAAGGAUGUCGCGAAGCUGUUGAUGCGCGAUCCGGAAAGAAUGCUGAGUCAGGCGGGAUCACCAGAUAAGUAUCUUGAGCAACUACGGCUUCUUGCGGCGAAUUGGAGCAACUUUGAUCAGUCCACUCGGACCGCUAUGAAGACUGCAAACUUCUUGUUGGCUUCUCAGCGGGUGCCGCUGAGACGGACCAAGAACGUCUUGGGUCGGACGACGGAAGGCGGAGAUGAUGAGUAUGAGCGGGAGUGGGUGUUGUGUCGAGCAUCAGAUGUGGCUGUAGUAGACGACAUCACCUUCCUCCAGUAUUUCGGCAAACACAUCCUCGCCGCGCCCGAAGAACAGCUCCUCGAGACAUUCUACGAAUCUCUCGGUGCCAAACCCCUCACGUCCCUCAUUCAGGUCGAGUACAUUCCGCACGGUGCACGUCCGUCUCCCUCCCCCCAAUCCUCUGUGCUUCGCAAGCACGUUCUCGAGAGGUUGACGAUCUUUCUCGCAGAGGCGCGGAAACGGCAGAGUGAAUAUACGGCGGAGGCGUUAGCGAAGGAAGGGAUGUUUAUGGUUCAGGAUGUGAAGGAACUGGAGGCGCGGUAUACGUAUAGGAAUGGACGACAGGUGUAUCCCCAUGUCGAGACGCUUUAUGCUAUGGCGUUAAAGAAGGGGAGGGCGAUUGUUCUGACGAUCUCGAUGACGGCCGUCCCGGACGAGUGGGAUAUCGCUGCAUCGCUAUGCUCGCUGCUGCUCAAAACACCGAAAGCCGAUGAUGCGCUGUUGCUCUACUCCAUCCUCACCACACCGCUCAUGGCACUCAAGAAGCGAGGCUUCAAUGUCGACCGGAUCCUCAAUCAACAACGAGAAGAAAAGCUCCGAGUCCAGGCCGAAGCUGUCCGGGAUCGCGAGAAAGCCACCGCGACGGCCGCCGAGCGACAAUCCCCUGGGUCAGCGGACGACGGAUCAUCCCUACGAUCGGAAGGAAGUGCGGCCGGCUCGGACGGCACGGGCAAGUCGAAGAGUCUAUGGGACAAGUUCAAGAAUCGGCGCUCGGUCGAUAAAGGGAUGACGGGUAUGGCUGGGGCGGGGGCGGGGGCGAUGGGAAGUAUGGCUGGGAUGGCGGCGAAUAUGAUGUCUGGUAUGCAGAACGGAAACGGGGAUGGAGCAGGUGCCCGCGGCAGUGGGACAUCGACAAAGAGGCCAACCGAUAUGAACUCGAUCCGCUCAACUGUCCAAAAAGCCCUCGAUGCUUCCCGGCCCGAAACGAGCACGCACGUCAGAGACUCCCGGAUGGGCGCCACGGCGGUGAGCGAGAGUCAGAGCGAUUAUUGCGAUACGUCCGCUUCGGCGGAUAUUGUUUUGGCGCUUGAUCCGGGACCGAAGGCUCUCAAAUUGUGGAUACCGAGGAGCGUCGAUAACCAGAAGCAAUUCUUGUAUGACAAGAUGGUUGUUUGUCAGUUGUUCGCGGCGGAGGUGCUUAUGCCUAUCGCGAGGGUCUUUAAGCUCGCAAACCCUGUUCUGAAUGUGUUUUGGGAUCUUGAGGGGCCGCUGAUUGCUUUUAACCGAGGAGGAGCUGUGUUCUGCAAUGCCCGAUACUUUUCUGCAUGGCAUGCGGAUGACUGUCGACAAGGCAAGCGGAACGAAGCCUUCAUUUCAUGGUACUUCAGCAUCGCCCAUGAAUUGGCGCACAAUCUCGAGUCGGCCCAUAACUCGGCACACGAAUUCUACUUCUCCAGUAUCGCCGAGGAGUACCUCGUGCGCUUUACAACCCUCUUACAGCAGACCGAGGGGGGCGUGGCGGGCUCGCUGGCGACGAGGUGA